AUGCUGGCUCCGGGGUCUGGGAAUGUGAGCCUGCGAACUGUCAGCUCGAGUCGACCGCAGCUGCACCACUCUCAAUCGCAACAGUCCAUCGCCGCAUCGGACGAUUAUUACUCGUUCUCCGAUCGUCACACAAGCUCACGGUCCGCCAGCAACGGUAGUAGUCAACUCACGAUCGUGAGAUAUGCUACACCAAAUUCCCAUCCAGUCUCGCGAACAGCAUCGCCUGCAGUCUCUCGAGCCAAUCUUGUCCCACCGGCCCCUGUUUCCCGGUCUCAACAAUCCGUCAACAUUCCAGACGUCGACGGACCCAGCACAUCACAGGCGCAACGAACAAUGCGACAGACGGACGAGGGUUCCGUCCGUCUGAACCCCGUAGCGGACCACGCGAUGCAUCAGCUUCCUUCGGACAGCUACGCGGGGCGCCCUCCCACCCCCGGGGUGGACGAUUCGCCCUAUCUGCGUUUCGCGAUCAACCAACUCACGCGAGAUGAUGAUCAACAGCAGCUGGGGAGACAGAGCUCCAUCGCGAGUAGUAUUUCGACAGGAGAACAUGUCGUGUGGGAUGAGGAGCUCGGUUACUUCCGUCGUGCGCCGGAGAUAUCUAGGGCCACAUCCUCGCAGCAGCCAUAUCCACAGCAGACAAAAGAAACCCCGGUCGAUCGGCCGCCUCAAAACUCCGUAGACAUCGAGUCCUUCGUGCCGGUGGAUCCCCCCGAUGACAGUCUACUCUAUCCACCGCUGGAUUACGUGCCUACGGUGCUCCGGCCGUGGGCGCUGGCCUUGGUUAUUCUGUGUUGUUUGCUGAUGAUCGCUGGCAUUGCUUUCUGCAAUGUCUGGUCCGAGAAACAUCAGGGUAUCUGGGAUUAUCACGGGCAAGGCGGAGCGCGAUACUUUGUCGUCGAGUUCCUUCCUCAGAUUCUCGCGGUCAUUAUCACCAUCUGGACGUUUGUCGUCCAGGCCGCGGUCUAUCGGACGAUUCCUUUCGCCAUCAUGGCGUCCGAGAGACCACUUGGUCGUGUUCUGCAGGGAAUGCCGGUAUUGUCGCAGAAUUUCCUUGUGCCUGACCUAUCUCACUUUGUGCAUGGAGAGCCCGUCGUUGGGCUCGCACUGUCUUCGAUAUGGUUGUCGAAUAUGAUUGCGAUACCUCUACUCAGCUGCUUUUUCCAAGCGAAAUGGUUUGUGAUCGACGGUCAGGGAGUGUGGCGAUGGACUGCGGUGAUUGCUGUUGGUUGGACACUUGUCGCGGUGUACGCGCUGCUUACAAUCGGCCUGCUCAUGCUCAUGUUCCGCUUUGUUCGCACUUGGUCGGGCUUAAUGUGGGACCCUGUCUGCCUGGCGGACCUGAUCUCGGUCAUUCAGCGAUCAAACAUCCUGCACGAUUUUGAGCAUUCGGAAACGGUCCCUGAUGUUGGUGAAACGCUUGACCCCAGGCCCCUGCGACUGGGAUAUUGGAGGUUGUCUACCCGUUCGGAGAUCUUCUACGGCAUUGGAGAAGUUGAUGCGCCUAUUGGGACUCCGUCUUUGCAUCGUCUGGAGAAGAACCGCGCCAAGCAGCCACAUGGUCUUUCGAAAGUCGCAUACGAUGUCGAACAGCAGGGAAGUCUUGAAAAGGAUGCGUGCGAUGGGCAUCUGUACUCUCCUGCCAUUCGAUACCGUUGGGUUCCGUGGUUUCUGCGCAGACCGUUGGUAUUGUCGUGGACGGUUAUCAUCGCCGCCCUCUUCAUUGCCUUCGUGGUCGUCAGUUUCAUCCACGAUGCCAUACAAGGCGGAUUCCCCCCGAAGCUGCCGACCCUUCCGUCUACCGGCGCUUUCUCUUCCUCGAAUUUUCUAUACAGCUUUAUUCCCGCUUUCAUCGGCAACCUGCUGUUCCUUUCUUGGCAGCAUAUUGACGUCCACUUUCGAGCCCUCCAACCCUUUGCUACCUUGUCUGCCCCUGAAGGCGCCACAGCAGAGCGAAGCCUUUUGCUGUCAUAUCCAUCAUGCUUGCCUUUUCAAGUCACCGUCCUCGCCCUUUUGAACAAGCACUACAAAGUAGCCUGGAUCUCCCUGGUCUCUAUGCUCUCCGGCGCGCUCCCUAUCCUAGCUGGUGGCGUUUUCAUCGCUCUCUGGUACCCGACGGAUGAUGAAAUCCGCAUUGCUUCUCUCAUGCCGGCCUUUUAUGCGUUGGUAGCGUUCUGUGCGAUAUACACAGUGUCCUUUCUGGCUAUUUGGCCCCGACGAUGCCGCCAUCUGCCCCAUGCUAUUACCACACUCGCCGAUCAGAUCAGCUUCCUCUACCAGAGCCCUUUGCUAUCGGACAAGCUGCUCCGUGAACCGAGAAGUAAAGCGGAUUUGAUCACUCGUCUCGUAAUGGCGCCCCCGGGAGACAGGGAGUAUCCGACUUAUGGCUUUGGGAUCUACGUCGGUCGAGACGGGAAAGAACAUCUUGGAAUUGACCGUUUUCAUCGGCCUGGGCGGGCGGACAUGUUGAUCACGACGGGCUCGAUGAAGUGA